UUGUUCCAGCUGUGCUCAAAAGUCAAGGCAGGCUCUUAUUUUGAAAGGGUCUGUCUGGUGGGCGACAGUCAGAGCGCUGUCUCCGAGUGCUCGCGCGCUUCACGCUGACGCCGCUCAACAGAUCAGACGCACGGUCGUGAAAGACCGCAAAGCACGCGAAGACGCUGCUGUAUCUCAGGUCAUUUGUUUCCUCAGAGCCCGUUUAUCUCUGGAGUAUCCAAGCGGGAUCGUUAGCCGGUGUAAGAGACACACAGAGAGAGCGGUGAAGGAGGAGGAGGCCACUCCUUGAUAAACUGUGCAUACGCACAAGGCUCGCUCAUACAGCUGCUACUGCUGCUGUUUACCAUCAGCAGAUGUGUUUGGACUCAUAAAUCACUACAGCCGUGUGUGUAUGUGUGGAUCCUCUGCGUUCACGAUCAUCCCGUGUCGGAUAUUCAAAGGGAAAACAUGUAACCAGGCAACACGAACGCAGACUUCCUUGGUUACGUGGAUCUGAGUGCCAUGGCCCUUCAGACAGCCAGACCUCACAAACACCUGUCAAGAACCAACGCUGGGAUCCCGCUUCUGAUCUAAAAGCACAACCAAACGGAAGAAAGGUUGGCUGCUGUAUUUAGUUACCCAGCAGAAGCGCGGGAGGCCUCGGGAACGUAACCUGAUAUGUUAGCGCUUGUGUCCUGCUGCUAUCUAUCCAGCAUUCUUGAAUUGCAUUUUUGCAUCCAAGUUCAAGAUUCCUGCUGCAGACAAAACUAUUGAUGAACCGUAGAGUUAUUGAACUGAACUGAAUCAAACACUGAACCGACUGGAGCUGGGUAAUGAGCCGGUCACCUGCUGUAGAGCUGAGCUGAGUUACCUCCAGGUUUGCUACAUUCGCUCUGUUACUAAACUGAUUUGAGACGCAUAAUAGCACCAUUAUAUUCUGUAGAGCGGCUUUACAACUAAAAGUGAAUGUGACCAGAUUAACACUGUUAUUCUCCUGUUUAUUACCGUGACUGUGUUAACAGCAGUUGUUCUAGCAAAUGAAACCAGUUUACAUUGUUGUAAUUGUUUAAUGCAUUGUUGAUUUGCAACCAGAUUACUUUGAAGGUAAAAGCUGGGCCUUAUGGGUGAAUCUCAUGAGACCUGUCCAAAACAUCUCUGCUUAGGUUUCUCCCCAAACCCACAAGAAAGAGAGCACUUCCACUUUGCUUAUAGCUAGAGUUGAGAUCCUACAGCAGCAGGAGUGAGGUGAAAGCACAGGCACAUCGCAGCCAUGCUGGAGGAGGACAUGGAAGUGGCCAUCAAGGUGGUGGUGGUGGGGAACGGGGCGGUCGGGAAGUCCAGUAUGAUCCAGCGAUACUGCAAGGGCAUCUUCACCAAGGACUACAAAAAGACCAUCGGGGUUGACUUUCUGGAGAGACAGUUCAUAGUUAAUGGGGAGGACGUCAGGCUGAUGUUGUGGGACACGGCAGGACAGGAGGAGUUCGAUGCCAUCACCAAGGCCUAUUACAGAGGAGCUCAGGCCUGUGUGCUGGUCUUCUCCACCACCGACAGAGAGUCCUUCGAGGCCAUCAGCAGCUGGAGGGAGAAGGUGGAGACGGAGGUCGGGGACAUACCCACCGUCCUGGUGCAGAACAAAAUCGACCUUCUGGACGACACGGUUAUCAAAAAUGAGGAGGCUGAAGGUCUCGCUAAGAGGCUGAAGUUGAGAUUCUAUCGGACGUCAGUGAAAGAAGACCUGAACGUCAAUGAGGUUUUUAAGUAUCUAGCUGACAAAUAUCUACAACGACUCAAGCAACAGUCAGCAGAAGAGACAGAGGUUGUUCACACAUCCAGCAAUAAAAUAGGUGUUUUCAACACUACCGGGGGCAGUCACCUCCACCAGGCCGCCGGCGAUCUGAACGGCCGUGAGGUCAUUAACCUGCGCCCAAACAAGCAGAGGACCAAGAAAACCAAAAACCCCCUGGGCAGCUGCAGACUGCUGUAGAGCGUGUCUGAUCCACAGUAUGCCUUGCUGCAGGUCAUCUCAAGCUUCAAUAGCACUAGAGUCCACUCUGAACGUGUGAGAUCCAGAGCAGAGGUGUGUGUGUGUGUGUGUGUGUGUGUGUGUGUGUGUGUGUGUGUGUGUGUGUGUGUGUGUGUGUGUGUGUGUGUGUGUGUCGUCAUGCUGCUGGCGUCCUCUGCUGGCUGACACUAGUGUUUCUGCCAAUAGCAGCCUCACACAGUAAACUGUGUCUGUUGAGCUAUUUUUGACAAGUAAAUCUUUCGGACACUGCCCUUUCUCACAUUUGAACAAUGAUUAAGGCUCAUAAUUGGAAUGAAAAGCGAGCAUAUUUUCUCCCAGUCAAAUCUAUGGUGAGUUCCUUCAGAUGUGCAUUAUAUCACGUGGUUCACAGCAGGGUAGUUUUCUCUGAGGAGAUUCUUUACAGCAGAAACCGUUUCUAACACACCGUUUGUGCGUUUGGACCGUUCAUCGUUUGUGCAAUAUGUUUGUAUCGAUGGAGUCGCAUCAUUUGCUGUCACAAUCUUCCCUUAAGAGUUGUGUAGAUGUGUUUCUCACCAGUUUCAAUCCACAUGUUCUUAUAGGUAUUUUUGUAUGAAAAAUAUAAUAAUGACUUAAUUAGAUUCGUAACAUUUAACAGAGUGCCAAAUGUUUCUAAACUCUACGUACUUGUAAGAAAUGUAAAUAUUGUUAGUAAAUGGACAGAUUUUGAACUCGAUAUGAUUGAUAUGCAUCAGCAUCCUCUUCUGAAUCUCUGUCAUAUUAAAAGAGAUGGUAUUAUAGAAACAUUUCUUUAGGGAUGAAGAAAAGUUGUUUUUUUAUUAAUUUGCUGAUAACUGGCAGCGCGGGCAGAUAUUACAGCGUGAAACUGCUAGGGCUGGGCGAUAUAGCUGCUAGAAAUUAGAUCUUGAUAUUAUUUAGCCUUUAUGAAGAUGGCAUUGAAAUGGCAUAAAACAGAGAUUUCUUUUCAAAGUAGUUCUAGCCAAAAGAACUACUUUUAGCCAAGUUAAGACAUUUAAAUGUUAAAACUUAAGUGCAGUAAAAUCCAUGGCAUGUUUUCACACUAUUCACUAAUUGAACAAAAUGCUGUUUAAUUAUUUUCACACCAAGCAAUAAAUAUUAACACUUAUUUACACAUUUCCCCCUCUUUUUAAAUUUUGACUCUUAAAUGUGCAUGAACUUUUAAAUGUAUUCAUUUCUAUUUUUAAUGCAUUAAAUGCACUGUUUCUUGCAUUAAAAAUAUUUAGCUAUUUACUAUUGCUGCUAUUGCAACUGAAGUUGAAGUAAAAGAUCUCUUUCCUAUCGCCCAGUCCUUCUGAUACACAUGUACAUCUGCACCAGUUAUGAUGCUGCGCACAUAUAGACACUCAGCUUUUUCCAAAAUUACUGGAUUCAAUAGUCUUCAUUACUGGAAAGUAAAUACACGUUUUAAGCAAGUUAGUGUCAAAACCCACCCCGACCCAUGAAUUUACAAUAACUGUAUAAAACUCACUGUUUUCAGUGUAUAUUUGAGUAAGGGUUCGAGAUUACCAGUGGCACAUCACCCGACUAAAUCACACUGAUGUUCAGCACAGUAUUAGGCUUUUGAUGUGUACAGGAAUCCACCAAGAAACAUUUCAGAAGAGUUUAUUUAAUGUGUGUUUCUAGAGGAUCUAUGACUGACACUAGCCUCUCAAAGUCCCAGAGCCUUAAGACACGACUGAUCGGAAAAUUGAUGUGCUAAAUGUUUUCCUCGAUUUGGGUCUAUCAUAUCGUCCAUGAACUCAGCCUUUAAAAUAUAUAGUUACAGACCGUCCCUGCUGUCUUAUAAGGAUAAUGCUGAGCUGAAGCAGGAUUCGUGCUCUUGCCAUUCUCCGUUCCCUUGUUUCAUGUGGCUUAGCUCUCGAUUGAUUGUAUUGUUCAUGAAUCGCAUGCCUUGCAUUUUCGUUUGAAAGUGGAGUUCUGGUACUUUGCCUCCACGGCCUUCAUGUUUACUGCGCUCCUCAGCUUCACGUGAUGAUCACUGGUUUUCUCAUUUUGCUGCAGUGAAAUGAUGGCGACACUACAAUGAACUAAAGGCACUUUAUUGAUCUGAUAUAAUUCCUGAUCAUGCUAUUGCUUGGUUAUCUUACAUAUACUGUAAGGAUACAGUUAUCUUUAUUUCUAACACAAGAGCUGCUCGGUUGUUUUCUAGUAGACAUAAGAAUAUGCCAGCAGCAGCAUCUGUCACUACCUGUGUAUUUUUGUAGUCAUUUGAAGUGAUUUGUUUUUGACUGUACGAUUAAACUUCUGAUGGGAUCGUUCUGUGA